GUCUCUCUCUCGGUUGCUACUCUUGCAAUCGCGUUCUGGUCGGCCGCCCUAGAUGCCGCCGCGCCACCCCCCGUUGCUUACAUUUAUGCAGAACAUGCAUUUGCAAAGCCCAAUGAUGAGAAUGCUUUGAAUUUGAUGAACUCACCGCCUGUAGUCACGCGGGAAUGGUGAAAGAAGGCAGGCGGAUGCUGAGCUGCAUGAAGGAUAGCCAUGGAAUCGAUCCGAAGCUGGAGCACUAUGGAUGCGUCAUCGAUCUCUUGGCACGCGCGGGCUUGUUCGAGGAGGCAGCGGAGCUUACAAGAGCGAUGCCGAUGGAGCCCAGCGCGCCUGCCUUGGGGGCUCUGCUUGGUGGGUGCAGGAUUCACAGGAACAGCGAGGUUGCAGAUGGUGUUGGCAGACACCUUCUUCACCUUCAACCGGGGCACAGCGGCCGGUACGUCCUGCUAUCCAACAUCUACGCGACAGCCGGUCGCUGGGAUGAUGCCAAGGAAGUCAGAGGCAGGAUGCUGAUAAAUGGAGUAGCCAAGACGCCUGGUAUGAGCAUGAUAGAACCCAAUGGCACACCAAGUUCUGCCUCAAGCUGAUGGAGAUAAAACAAAGGAAGAGGAGCAAGCGGUGUCUGUGUAUGGUGAGAAGUUGACCAUUGCUUUCGGGGCUCUUGAAAACGAGCUCCGAGGCUGCCAUUACCGUCAUCAAGAAGCAGCUCAGAGUAUGCAGUGAUUGCCAUGGUGUUGGCAAGCUGAUCAUAAAGGUUCAAGGAAGAGGGGCUGGAGCAUACUUGAAGCUCAAUCCAAGAUGCAGUGGUAGUAAAACAUCGAUCGGCUGACAGAAGAAAAGUCUGCUUCAAAUUUAAAUGUACACAACAUUGGGUCAACAGAACGUUCAGAGCUAAAUAGUCUUCUGCACAAAAGACGAUAUGAAUCGGUUGCCACUAUAAAAUACACAAUCUGAAAGGAUAAAGAUUGCAACCACUUACAGUGGUGGUCUGCAGAUUACAGAAAACAUAAGUGGUGUCAUUUCUGUGUGCUUUCAGUCUUCUCAGCAGAUGUGAAGGAGACCGGGUUCUGUGGAUCUUCUUUCACAGUCAGGCUCAGCACCUCAGGCCUCGAGUAGUGUCCAACCACAUCGAAAACAAACUUGGCUCGCACGAUUUCUCCAAGAUCUACAUAUCAUGUGGUAAGAGACUUAUCUUUUGUUUAGAUGCAAGGUAAUGAAAAUAUGGAGUACAGAAUUCAA